GCAUUGCAACGCUGAGUUGUUCAUGUCCACAGCAUUGAAAACAAUCAUGGGCUGAAAGAUGCUGCCAAACAUGGAGUAACCAAGUCCUCAUCUGCAGAAGCGGCGUCGUGCUCUGCAACUCUCUCUCCCAAUGUCUUCAUCGCAGCCCUUUGUUCCAUCGUCGCCCAUCUCCCGCGCCGGCGCCAGGAAGAAGUCGCGUUUUACAUUCAAACAUCUCCAUCUCCUCAGCCAGUCUUCUACAUCUUGUCCCUUGAGAUGCAUCGCACUGAUCGACUACGACGCCUUUUAUGCCCAGUGUGAGAUGAUCAGACUGGGUGUGCCCGAGACCCAACCACUGGCUGUUCAGCAAUGGCAGGGUCUCAUCGCUAUCAACUAUCCCGCCCGGGACUUUGGCUUGAAUAGGCACGUCACCAUCACCGAGGCAAAGACCAAGUGUCCGCAGAUUGUGGUCCAGCACGUCGCAACGUGGCGCGAAGGCGACGACAAGUGGGCAUACCGGGACGAUGCCGCAAAGCACAUCCAAACGGACAAGGUAUCGCUAGAUCCGUAUCGUUUGGAGUCCAGGAAGAGUUUGGCCCUUAUCAAGGAGAUCUUGCCCCCGCCACCGAUACAACGCGUCGAGAAAGCUAGCAUCGACGAGGUCUUUCUCGACCUGUCCGCCCAGAUCCACCAGAUCCUGCUGGAAAGGUAUCCGGAACUACAACACGCGCCCUACGACGAUCCUACCGAGAACCUCCCCUUGCCGCCGUCGACGGCUCUGAACUGGGAGGCGGAUGCUCUGGUGGAUCUUGAUUCCACCGAAACUGAAGACGACGACCCCGACUGGGACGACGUGGUCAUGAACAUAGGCUCCGAAAUCGUCCGGGGCGUGCGCAAGACUAUCCGCGAGAGGCUGAAGUACACUUGCUCGGCCGGCAUCGCGCGUAACAAGAUGAUGGCCAAGCUCGGUGCUGGAUACAAAAAACCCAACCAGCAGACCAUUGUCCGGAACCGGGCGGUCCAACACUUCUUGUCCGGCUUCAAAUUCACCAAGAUACGCAAUCUGGGCGGUAAACUCGGGGACCAUGUCGUCGACACGUUCAAUAUCGACGACGUCACAGAUCUAUUGAAAAUUCCUCUCGAACAACUCAAGGCCAAGCUGGGCGCUGACACGGGGACGUGGCUCUAUGGGACCAUUCGUGGCGAGGACAACAGCGAAGUCAGUUCGCGUACGCAGAUCAAAUCAAUGCUAUCUGCCAAAUCCUUCAGACCUUCUAUCAAUACAACGGAGCAGGCAAAUAAAUGGCUAACAAUCUUUGUAGCAGACAUCUAUGCUCGCUUGGUCGAGGAAGGCGUGCUCGAGAACAAGAGAAGACCCAAGACCAUCACUCUGCAUCACCGGCAAGGCGGACAGACGAGGUCAAAACAGCUACCGAUCCCAGGAGGCAAGAAGAUCGACGAGAUGAUGCUUUUCGAACUCGCAAAAACCUUGCUUGGACAGGUCAUUGUUGAUGGGCGAGCCUGGCCGUGCGCAAACCUAUCGCUCAGUGUUGGAGGAUUCGAAGAGGGUCUGUCAGGUAAUAAAGGUAUUGAUAUGUUCCUGCUGAGGGGAGACGAGGCCAGGGCUGCCAUGGAUGUCCCACACCGAAGUAACACUGCAACACCGGAUUUCGACGAAGGGCGGCCUGAGAAGCGGCGAAGGUUGAACGAAGGUCCCCCUAGCAUUGCUCGCUUCUUUCCCAAAGGUGAGAGCACCGAGGAAGGCGAAGACGAAUCCCCAGCUCAUCUCCAAGACGAGGAUAUGGGCGGAGGAGGCGGCGAUGAUGAGAAGGACCACCGAGGGAACAGCCAUCCCCCACCUCAAUUGCACCAACAAGACAUCGCCACUUAUUUCUGUCAGACGUGCCAGAAAUCGAUCAAUGAAACCGAGCGAGGUGAGCAUGAAGACUGGCACUUUGCCAAAGAUCUUCAAGCUCAAGAUACGCUCUCUGUGACUGGCCCAACGAAUAGUCGUCCCCCUGGUCCGCCCAAUCCCAAGUCGAAGCGCGGCGCUUCGAGUAGUUCUCGAGGGCGUGGCUCAAAGGUCGAGAAGGGCCAGAGUCGCCUUGCUUUUGGAUAG